AUGGCUUCUCCCGCCGUGGGCAAGCAGCCGACUCCUAAUACCCCCAAGACUCCCUCUAAGAUUACUGGAAACAAGGGGCAAAACACCCCUUCCAAACUCGGCCAAUCUGCUGCUUCCACUGGCCCGAUGAGCAAAGUCACGCAAGCUGGUCAGCAGUCUCAAGAGGGACUUGAGCAAGCUGCGCCGGAGCCUAUUGACGACGAUGACGACAACGACAACGAUGACGCUGUCGGCGGCGCUCAGAAGGAAGCAGAGCACGCUACUCCGGACACCGGCGACGUGGAUGCCGGCAAUGAAGCCGACGACGACGACAUUGCCGACGAUGCUACCGAGAAAGCCGGCCAGAUUGGAGAGUCUGCCGAUGAAACCACCACGGAUGACCAGCAGGAACAGCAACAGGACGAGCCCAAGGAGCAGAAGGGCAGCCAACAGCAACAGCGCGGCGGCGGCCUCUUGAAAGGCGCGCAAGGCCUGGCUGGCAAGGCUUCCGGCCUCGCGGGCAAAGCUUCCAAGAACGCCAGCAAGGCGGCCCAGGACCCCGCUGGUGCUGCUAAGGAUACGGCCAGUGAUGUCAAGGAGGGUGCUGAGGAUGCGGCUGAGGAUGCGCAGGCGACUGCUGAGGAGGGCCUUGAUGAGGCGCAGAAGGUGGCGGGCGAUGCUGCUGAUGAGGCUGGCGAUGCGGCUGAGGGUGCGCAGGAGCAGGCUGAGGGCGCGCAAGAUGCUGUCAAAGAGCAGGCCGAGGGCGCGCAGGGUACUGCUGACGAGCAGGCUGAAGGCGCUCAAGACGAAGCUGAGGAACACGCUGAAGGAGGCUUCCCAACCGACCUCCCCGAAGCACCCGAAGGCCUCUUGGAUCUCUCCGUCCUCAAAGGUCUGGAAGUGCAGUCCGACGGCACGGUGCAAAACAGCGAAGGCCAAGCCAUUGGUCGUCUUGCCGAAGGCGACGCCGAGGAUCUCGAGGGUUACCCCAUCGGUGACGGCGGGGAGAUUCUGGACGAAGAUGGCGAUCUUGUUGGACGCGUCGAAUUGCUUCCCGAUGAGAUCAAGAGACAGAUUGGCCAGGCUAAGGAAGAAGGCGCUGAGCUUCCUGAGGGUGCUGAUGAGUAUCUGAGCCAGAUUGAAGAGGAGGAAGCCGGCCCGCAGCUCCCAGGCCUCGACAUCAUGAACGGCCUCACGUGCGGAGUCGAUGGACUGGUUUACGACUCGGAAGGCAAUACCAUCGGUCAGGUCACAGAUGGCGAUCCGGAGCAAUUGCAGAACGCCACCCUCAACGAGUCCGGCGAGUUCAUCGACGAGGAAGGAAACGUCAUCGGCCAUGCCGAAAUCCACCCCGAGGCCGCGGAUCUCGUCGAGCAAGGCGUCUACCAAGCCGCCGAGGAUGCUGAAGGUGCCGCCGAGGAAGGUGCAGAAGGCGCGGAACAGCAAGCCGAAGGCAUCGAGGACGAACUUCCCGGCAUCGAAGCACUGGAGGGCAAAGAGCUCAACGAGUCUGGCGAGGUGCUCGACGAAGGCGGCAAUGUGCUUGCCGCUAUCACCGACGAUGACCUCAAGCAGAAGAUCGAGGACGGCGAGAUCGAUCCCUCCACUCUGCAGAUCAACGACGCCGGAGAGGUCGUUGACGAAGAGGGCAACGUGUUGCAGCAGCUGGAGCUCGAGCCUGGUGCUGCCGAGCGCCUUGGCGGCCAUCCAGUGCUGGACAUGCGCAUUCUUGAAGGCCGCAAGGUGAACAAGAAGGGCAAGGUUCUGGAUGAGGAUGGCGAGGAAAUUGGCGAGCUGCGCGAGGGCGAGAUCAGCGAGUGCCUUGGCAAGAAGAUCAAUGAGCGCGGCGAAGUUCUGGACAAGAAAGGCAAGCUUCUCGGUCGGGUCAAUGUUGUGCCUGGUGAAGCGGCGGAGAACGCCACCAAGGCUCUGCUCGAGGAACUUGGAGAGCUGGAGCAGGAGGGACCGGAUCUCUCCGUACUCGAGGGGUACAAGGUCAAUAAGAAGGGUAUGAUCUUGAAUGAGGAUGGAGAGCCGAUUGGACAGCUCGCCGAUGGUGAGCUUGAGCAAUGUGCCGGCAAGAAGGUCAACGACAAGGGCGAAAUCUUGGACAAAGAGGAGAACGUCAUCGGCCAUGUCACUCUUGUCGGACAAGAGGAAGAAGGAGAAGAGCAGGCCGAGGGUGAAGCCGAAGGCGAAGAGCAGGCCGAGGGUGAAGGAGAGACUGGCCCAGAACUCCCACCCUUAUCCACUCUGGAAGGCCUAACAGUCAACAAGUCCGGCAAGAUCCUCGAUGCCGACGGCAACAUCGUCGGCGAGCUCGUCGAAGGCGACGCAAAGAAGCUGUGGAAGUCAGGCGCCACCUGUGACGAGGAAGGCCAGUUCUGGGACGGCAAAGGCCAUGUCAUCGGCCGCGCGCAGACCUUGCCUCGUGAAGAUGCGGAAGAGGAGGCCCCGUUCGCCGGCCUCGAGGGCUUGCAUGUCGUUGCGGAUGGCUAUGUUCAGGACGAGAACGGCAACACUGUCGGCUACGUCACGGAAGGCGACGCAAAGAAACUCGUUGGCCGCGUCGUCGAUGAAGACGGAGAUAUCCUCGACAAGAAAGGGUCGGCUGUCGGUCAUGCUGAGCGCUUGCAAGAGGAGGAGGAACAACCGCAAGAGGAGGCUGCCGAUCUGUCGUUCUUGGCCGGCAAGACGGUCAACAAGGCCGGGCUCGUCAUUGGAGACGACGGCGUCCCGGUUGCUCGUCUCGUCGAGGGCAAGCCGAAGGAUCUGGCUGGUAUGGAGCUGGAUGAGCAAGGCCAGAUCUGGAACAACAAGGGCCACGUCAUCGGUCGAGUCGAACUCAUCCCCGAGGAGGAGCGCGAGGCCAAACCAGAGGGACCAUUCGCCGGUCUCGAAGGCCUCCGUGUCAUCGAGGGUGGUAAGAUUGCGGACGAGGACGGCAACGAGGUCGGAGAGAUUGUUGAAGGCAAUGCCAAACGCCUCAUUGGCCUCGCCGUUGACGAGGACGGCGAUAUCGUCGACAGAUACGGCAACGAGCAGCCCAUCGACAACAGCAUCUUGAGCGGCAAGACGCUGAACAAACAAGGCUACGUGGUCGAUGAGAAUGGCACGCCUUUUGGCAGACUUGUCGAGGGUGAUGCGAAAGAGCUUGCUGGUCGCCGGUGCGACGAGAACGGCAUCAUCUACGGCGACACUGGGAAGCAAAUUGGUCGCUGCGAGGCACUUCCUGAAGGCGAGCGCGUCGCUCGUCCCGAAGGACCCUUCGCUGGACUCGAAGGUCUUCGCGUCGUACAAGAAGGCUGGAUCGAAGAUGAGAAUGGCAAUCGCGUCGGACAGCUGGUCGAGGGCAACGCCAAGCGCCUGGUCGGCAUGGCCGUCGACGAGGAUGGAGACAUCAUUGACAAGUACGGCAACGUCAAGGGUCACGCCGAGCCCUACGAAGAGGCGGACGAGGAAGAGGUUGAUAGGUCAGCCCUUGCCGGUUGCCGCGUGAACAAGAACGGCAACGCAGUUGACUUUGGCGGACAGAUCAUCGGGCGGGUCGUGGAAGGCGACGUUAAGAACCUGAUCGGCAAGAAGGUCGAUGGACAAGGUCAGGUCUGGGAUGACUCUGGCAAUGUCAUCGGCCGUUGCGACCUGGUGUACGGCGAAGACACGUCGCCAGAAGGCCCGUUUGCUGGCUUUGACAGCCUCACCAUCAACAAGGAUGGCACCAUCUCCACUGCCGCUGGGGACGUCAUCGGGCGUGUUGUCGAGGGAGAUAUCAAGAAACUCAUGGGCCACAGUGUUGAUGAGGACGGCGACAUCACCGACAAGAACGGCAACGUGAUCGGCAAGGCUGAGAGGUGGGAGCCGGAAGAAAAAGAGCGUCGCGCCAACCCCAUGUCUGGCAAGCGAGUCAACAAGGAGGGCGAAGUGCGAGAUGAGAACGGAGAUCUGAUGGGAAGACUGACGAGCGGCGACCUCGGGCACUGCGUUGGGCAGGAGAUUGAUGACUCCGGGAACGUAGUGGACGUCGACGGCAACAAGAUUGGCGAAGUCACACUGAUCGAGAACAUUGCCGAGGACUACGAAGGGCCUUCGGAGGAGGAGUUGGAGGAGGCACGCAAGAGGGAAGAGGAGAGCGAGAUUGCCAAGAAGAUGUCGGCCAUCUGCCAGGACACGGUCGAGCGCAUGCAGCCCAUCUGCAAGCAAAUCACCGAGCACAUGGAAAAGGCCGAUCGCACGCCCAAGGAGGAGUUGGACGAAGAGGAGCUGGUCAACCAAGUGAAGCCGCUCAUCGAGGAGGGCGGCCGCAUCUUGCAAGAGUGCAAUGGCUCCCUCCGCGGUCUGGAUCCAGAUGGUCAUAUCGCCGCGCAAGCCAAGGGCCGUUCUGGCACGGGAGAAGCGACGCCAGAGGAGCACCGCCUGGCCGAAACGCUCAAGGAGCUGACCACGACGGUCGUAACGACGAUCGACAAUGCGAAGAAGAAGUUGAACGACAUGCCGCAUGCGAAGAAGAAGCUCAACCCCCUGUGGGGCCUGUUGACUCAACCGCUCUUCCAGAUCCUGGCUGCCGUUGGUCUGCUCUUGGCUGGCGUACUUGGUCUCGUUGGACAGCUCCUCAACGGGCUGGGCCUCGGUGGUCUCGUGAAUGGCCUCAUGGGUGGCCUUGGAAUCAACAAGCUCAUGGAGUCGUUCGGCCUCGGUGGUGGUGACAAGAAGAAAGGCAAGUCUGGCGGUGGGAGCAAGCUUAGCUCGCUACCGGUCGUUGGGGGUCUUUUGGGUGGUGGCAAGUAA